GCGGCCCCAGCCGGGGGCGGACAGGCGGCGGGGCCGUGUGUCCUGCCCUGCCGGGGAGGGCCCUGCGCAGCGCCGCCGCCGCUGCUCCCGCUCCGCGCACAAUGGCGACUCCCAGCCCCAGCGGCGGCUCCGGGGGGAGCGGGAGCGGGCCCGGCCCGGGCGCCGCCAGCAGCAGCAGCAGCAGCAGCAGCAUGCAGGGUAAACGCAAAGCGCUGAAGUUAAAUUUUGCAAAUCCACCUUUCAAGUCCACAGCAAGAUUUACUCUAAAUACUUCUGGAGUUCCUUUCCAAAAUCCACACAUUGACACACAAGCAACCCUGAGUAGUAAUCACAUUGUCCCGUUCAGUUUCAAAAGGAGAGAAGCGGACCUCAUCCAGAAACUUUCCAGCAGGCUACAAGAGAGACUGAGAACACACAGCAUUGAAUCAUCAGGAAAAUUGAAGAUAUCCCCUGAACAACAUUGGGAUUUUACAGCAGAGGACUUGAAAGACCUUGGAGAAAUUGGACGAGGCGCUUAUGGUUCUGUCAACAAAAUGGUCCACAAACCAAGUGGGCAAAUUAUGGCAGUUAAAAGAAUUCGGUCGACAGUGGAUGAAAAGGAACAGAAGCAGCUUCUGAUGGACCUUGAUGUAGUGAUGAGAAGCAGUGACUGCCCGUAUAUUGUUCAGUUUUAUGGCGCGCUCUUCAGAGAGGGUGACUGUUGGAUCUGUAUGGAGCUCAUGUCUACCUCGUUUGAUAAGUUUUACAAAUAUGUAUAUAGUGUAUUAGAUGAUGUUAUUCCAGAAGAAAUCUUAGGCAAAAUCACUUUAGCUACUGUGAAAGCACUAAACCACUUAAAAGAAAACUUGAAAAUCAUUCACAGAGACAUCAAACCUUCCAAUAUUCUUCUGGACAGAAAUGGAAAUAUUAAACUCUGUGACUUUGGCAUUAGCGGACAGCUCGUGGACUCCAUUGCCAAAACACGGGAUGCAGGGUGCCGGCCGUACAUGGCGCCGGAAAGGAUAGAUCCCAGCGCRUCCAGGCAAGGCUACGAUGUCCGCUCGGAUGUCUGGAGCUUGGGGAUUACCUUGUAUGAGCUGGCCACGGGGCGAUUCCCCUACCCCAAGUGGAACAGUGUGUUUGACCAGUUGACACAGGUAGUGAAAGGAGACCCACCACAGCUGAGUAACUCAGAGGAAAGGGAGUUUUCCCCAAGUUUCAUCAACUUCGUCAACUUGUGCCUUACAAAGGACGAGUCCAAAAGGCCAAAGUACAAAGAGCUUCUGAAACAUCCCUUCAUCCUGAUGUAUGAGGAACGCACAGUGGAUGUUGCAUGCUAUGUUUGUAAAAUCCUGGAUCAAAUGCCAGCAACUCCCAGCUCUCCAAUGUACGUGGAUUGAUACUGCUGCUACAUCAAACUCUAGAAAAAGGGCUGAGAGAAAACAAGCUGUAAAGAAUUUUCAUCACAUAUUGCAGUGUUUUUAAUGCUCGCCCAGACACCAUGUGCAAUAAUAUUGGUGUUAUUUCCAUCCUGUCUGUAUACUGUUGUCACAUAUAAAGUGCAUCCCUGUAAUACCUGAUCACACAGUGUUAGUGUUGGUCACAGAGAGACCUCAUCUUGCUCUUUUGUGGACAUAUUCAUGAAAUGUGGAAAUAAGUACAUUUAUUUGUUGACCGUGAUUGGAUAGCACCUAAAAUUCAUUUCUAGACUCAAAACUUGGAGACUUCUCAGCAGCUACUGGAAAGAUUUUUCUCUCAAACUCUUCCAAUUGUUGUUUCAAGUAAUAAUAAAAAGCAAACAAACAAAAGUUAGGCGUUGUCUGUCUGAACAUUAAGAGACUUUGCCUGGAGGGAGAAGAACUUGCUUAACCAACGAGAUGCUUUGCCUUCUGGAGCUGGAAAGGCAAAGGAGAAUUUUAUUCUUCACAAAGUGCAAUAGAUUUACUGCUAUGAAAUUCUGUUGCUUUACAGUCGCAGUGUACUUUCUGGGGACAGUGUGCUCAGCUGAACUUCCUGUUAAAGAGAGAUCAUGUUAAAUAUAGUGAAUAUGUCUUUACCAAAAAUAUGUUGCGUUGAAAGAGGCUAACAUUAAACUAUUGAGAUGGGACAUAAUGUAUUUUUCCUCCUUUUACCAAGCCAGCCACUCUUCACUCUUAACUAGGUGUCCUGUAAAUUGUUACCUGGUAAGAUAAGACCUUUGACCUGAAGAAUUAUUAAACUACUUGAUUGAAUUUAACCUGCUUGUUGACCUGGUUUAUAGUGCACAGUGCUCACCACCCACUGGCUUUGCUUUGCCUUCACCCAGUGCCGUCCACAGAGGCUGCAGCUGCAUUAAUGGUCCCCCAGCCAGUGGCUGUGACUUCUGGCCAGUGUUCCUCCUCUUCCUGCUGUCCCCAGCCCUGGUGCCUUUGGCCCAGCCCAGCCCUCCCAUCCCCAUGUCCCUCACAACUCCAAACCUCAGCUCUCUCACCAAUGCAAGCAGGAUGGAGGGGUGCCCCUGGCUGCCUCAGGGCUCUGUGCCUGUUGUGCCCUGCUGAGCUUGCUGGAGAUUAUUCACCACCACCUGGAUAUUAAACCUCUUCUGUGACCUCCAUAGCUCCUGAUGCUGCACUGGAGCAAACCUCUCAGAUUGUUGGGUGCAGRAGGAGAUGAGGUGGAAAUGAAGGACCAUCUAACUCCUAUCAUCCUGCCCAGCAGGGCCAGGCAAGCUGUCAUACUCUGGUCCAUUCRUAAGUGAAACAGCACAUCAGGCUUUUCUGUUUGUUCAUUUGACAUAUUUUUCAAAGAUUAAUUUUUCCUGAAAACUAUUUUUUCCCCAAAUAUUGCAGUUUUCAGGUGUUUAGUUGCACACCAAGGAUAAAAUGGGGACUGCAGUGUCUCUGCUUUCCAUUUUGAGCCCUCUGCUUUAGGUGUUUGGUGGGACUUGAUCAGUUCUAGAGCAGCCUCCUGGCAGAGCUYGGCUGCAAGCCUGGAGCCAGGACACAGUGGGAAUGAGAACAGCGUGGUGCUGGCAGGAUCCCCAGGAAGGGUUCUGUGUCCAGCCAAAGCUG